AUGUCUAAAAGAAAAAGUAAAGAAAUCAUAGAAAGCGAUCAAGAAGGAAGCGGUGACGAAUUUGUUGAGGAAGAAACCCCAAAGGUUACUACUAAUAAUAAGUCGUCUAAACCUAAGAAACAAAAACAAAAAAAGUCUUUUGAUUCUGAUUAUGAGGAAGGAGAUCGUGGUGAGACAGCCGAUGGAGAAACAUACUUCAAAUUGGACCAAAAGAGGAGAGUAACAGUACGUAAGUUUAAGAGUAUGAUUCUGGUGGAUAUUAGAGAGUACUUUGACACCAGUGAUGGCAUGAAGCCGACCAAAAAAGGGGUAUCAUUACCAAUAGAUCAAUGGAACAAAUUGAAAGAAUUUGUCGAAGAUAUUGACCAGGAAGUGAAAAAACUCAAGAAGGUAAAGAUUGCUAACUUGCGAGUUCAAAAAUUCCAAGUUUUCGCUCCUCUCGAAAAACGAAUUCUUGAACUAGUUUCUCUCGUUUCCUUAGAAGUUUCUUUGCCAUCCCUUUCGCUUUUCAACCAAGCAAUAAUCCACGCCAAAACUCAAAAAAACACAAAACCUGCAAUAAUAGAUACCAAUACUGGUACUUCACAUAUUUAUAUAAAACUAGUACAGGAUGUAGCAGCUUUCAAGAAUGAAAUCCUGCAAACUGGUUCGAAAGAAGCUUUUAAAACGGAUCUAAAAGAAGAAAGAGUCGCGUCUUUGUUUCCAAAUGGAUAUGAUUAUGUCGUGUCACAAUGGUCGAUUUGGGCGGCGGGUGGCAUUGCAGUUCCUAUGAGUCCUCUUUACUCGAAUCCUGAGUUAUUGUACACUAUUCAGGAUUCACAAGCUUCUAUUAUCAUUGCUCAUUCUAAUUUUGAAAAUCGGAUUAAAGAAAUCACUGAUCAGACGGGGAUAAAUAAUUUGCCAUCAAUUUUUCCAAUGGAUGAGGCGCGCCGCGCGAUGAUCAUCUAUACUAGUGGAACUACAGGGAAACCCAAAGGCGUGGUAUUGACUCAUGCUAAUCUCAAAGCACAAAUUAAAAGUCUGGUAGAGAUGUGGCGAAUUACUGAUAGAGAUAGAAUAUUACAUGUUUUACCACUACAUCACAUUCACGGAAGCAUUUUUGCUCUCGCAUGUUUGCUUUAUUCGGGAGCUACAGUUGAGAUGUUUCCAAAGUUUGAUGCAACAUCAGUCUGGAAUCGAUUCAUGAGACCCGAACGUGAUUUAACGAUUUUUAUGGCUGUCCCGACGAUGAUAAUUGAGAGAUGGACUACUGAAAAAAUCAAGUUUGGCCCACCCUCAAUUAUAUCGAAAUUCUCUUCAUCUUUAUUUUACUUAAGAAAAUUAAUGUCCAUAAAUUAUUUAGCAAAACUAACCGAACAAUACUACAAAAUGCCUGCUGAAAUGCAAAAAAUCGCCACGGAUUCAUGCUCACAAUUUCGUGUAAUGAUUUCCGGCUCGUCGGCACUCCCGUCAUCAUUACGCUCUACUUGGGAAGAGAUUAGUGGCGGACAAGUAUUGUUAGAAAGAUACGGAUUGAGUGAAAUUGGGAUUGGAUUGAGUGGUGGAUAUGAGGUUGAAAAAAGAAUCGAGGGAUGUGUGGGAUUGCCUGUACCUGGAGUCCAAGUUCGAUUGAUUUCAGAAGAUGAUAAAGAUGUUACUGAUGAGAUUGAGGAACCCGGUGAAAUUCAAAUUAAAGGAGAAAAUGUAUUUAAAGGAUAUUGGAACCGCCCAGAAACUACUGAAAACGAGUUUACUAAAGAUGGAUGGUUCAAGACUGGUGAUAUCGCUGUUUGUACGAAUAAUAAUAUCUUUAAAAUACUUGGAAGAAAGAGUGUUGAUAUUAUAAAGUCAGGAGGAUAUAAGAUUUCGGCACUAGAAAUAGAACGAGAACUAUUAUCUCAUCCGGAAAUAAUCGAUACUGUUGUUGUUGGCGUAGAUGAUCCCAUAUGGGGUCAAAGCGUUGGUGCUAUCAUCGUGACUAAAGAUCAGAAUACAAAAAUAACUCUUGACCAAUUACGCAAAUUCUUGUCGAAAAGACUAGCAUCCUAUAAAAUUCCCAGAUUGUUGAAUAAUUUUCAGGGUGAAUUUCCACGUAGUCCAAUUGGUAAAGUUAAUAAAAAAGAGUUGGCGAAAAUUGUAUUUCCAAGUGGUGGAGAUAAAUAA